AAGCCCAGACUCCGAUCAGUGUCUAAGCCAGUAGUUUGCAAUACAGCAUCCAGUUGGUUAAAGUCCGCAAUUGAAAAAGUCUAGCCCAAUUUGCGUAUCUACAUCCGAAACCAGCACUAUCUGUUGCCAUCUACAAACCCCGUUAGGAAGGCAAACUUGACUGCCGAUUGAAACCACCAAAUUGCCUGUGUGAAUAUCACCGGGAAACAUCCAACAUCCGUGCUUCUUCAAAUCAAUCCUCGCCCGCAUGAACAACCCAUCCAUUAACUUUCACGUACAGGCCCACCAAACCGACUUUCGAAUUCCCACGGAACUUAUUAAGAAGAACUUCAAAUCGAUCCAAAAGCUCAUCGAGAAGCAGAAGAAACAAGUUUACGAAGAUGUUGCUAAGAUCAAGAAAAACCCGAAGUUGCCGGCAACUAUCAAGUUGGAGAUGAUCCGCAAGUUGAUCAGGGGAUUUGACCAAUACUCCAAGAAGUUGGCCCAAGCCAUAGAAAAGGAUCGAGAGUACAGAUCGCGGCUUCUGGCCAGAAUCGAUAAUUUAAAAGUCCUCGAAGAAUGCUGUCUAGCGGAAGCAACCGCGAUUCUGAGCGAGGCCAAAGAAGAGGAGCAACUAAACGGAGAAGGCAAGACGGAUGACCUGGUUGAUCCAAAACCCACCGAAGAGAUACUACCUUCCAAUGACAAAUUCUUGGAUCUUCACAAUCCAAAGUUGAUCAACUGGUACCGCGAUCAAACUAAUUUGCUUAUUGUGGACUACCUCAUCAAAUCGAAUAUCAAGAAGGAUCGCAACAUAGGAAUCUCCCUUCUUAAGAACUUCGCCAAAACCGAUCCGAAGUUCUUGAAACUUAUUGACUACGAUCUUUUUGAGAACUUCAAUAAAGUGUUUGUUUCAAUAAUUGUUGACCAUGACUUGACGCAAAUUAUCAGUUGGUUUAAUGAGAAUAGGGCUGUGCUAAAGAAGUCUGGAUCCAACUUGGAGUUUGAGAUUAAUUACUGUAAAUUUUUGUCGUUAAUCGAGAAGGGGGACAUAAACGAGGCCAUUAACUUUUCCAAGCUUAACUUAUCACCAUACGGAAAUAAAGAAAACUACGUCGAUAAUGAAGUCAAAAACCACGAACUUAACUGGAAUAGAUUGAAGGAAAUCGGAGGUCUUUUGGUUUAUAUGGCGAUCAAGAACACUUCCAACUCUACAACCACUGCAUCUACUUUUUCAUCAUCUUUAAUAAUUAAUUCCUCAAGAUUCAAAGAGUAUGAGAAGUUACUCUCGGAUGAGAGAUGGGAAAACUUAUCCCAAAGUUUUCUUACUAAUUUCAUCAAGUUGUACGCUAUUUCACAGAAUUAUCCAUUGUUCAUUUACUUAUCGAUAGGUUUAUCGAGUUUAAAAACCAAAUCUUGUUACAGAAAUACCGAGAAUACAAUAUUCAGAUGUGGUCACGAGGUCCAGGAUUUGCAGAAUAUAAAUACAAAGGACAAGAAGUUUCGUAGUCCGGAAUACUACUAUAAGAUUCUUAACAAGAAUAAUAAUUGUCCAGUUUGUUCGCCAGAAUUAUUUGAGAUUAGUCAGAAUUUACCUCAUGCCCAGUUGAUCACCAAUAUAUUCAACAACCCAUUCAAAUUGCCUAAUGGUAAUAUCUACCCAUUUGACAAGUUGCUCAUUCCUAGCGAAAAGUACUUGUCAGAAAAGAACACGCUAUUGAGAAUGGGCAAGGUGAAGGAUCCAUUGACUUCGGAGAUUUUCAUGAUUGAUAACUGCGUCAGGGUGUAUCCUGCUUGAACAAGCAAGACCUUCAAUAUAUAGAGUUAUUUGUUGUGGAGCUGCAGCGUAACGGUUCAACAUAAUAUUCAAUGCCACUAAUGAUUAACAUUAUAUUACGAUUAACAAUAUAUCAUGAUCUAUUCCAUCAGUAAAUAAUACCUAGUCUGAAUCAUCGUCCGUAUCCUUUUUCUUUCCUUUUUCCCUUGGUUCCAACUUUUCGAACACGUAUACUCUAGCAUCCCUCUCACUGGCAGGCUUGGUUGUAUCUCUGGUACUAUUGGUUCUUCUGUGAUGGUAUUCAGGGAACAUUCCCCAGUCGAAUUUUCCCGAUCUCUGUACUCUGUAUCCUACUCCCCUGCCUAGAAUUUUGAUAUUCCAUGAGUUGUAAGGCUCACCUUCAAAUAAUGUCAACACAAUCUUACUGUGGGCAGGCUCCUCA